UUUCUGAGACUCAUGAUGCUUUUCUUCAUUCUACAGCGUGAAUGUAUCUCCAUCCAUGUUGGCCAGGCUGGUGUCCAGAUGGGCAAUGCCUGCUGGGAGCUGUACUGUUUGGAACAUGGUAUCCAGCCUGAUGGGCAGAUGACAGGCGACAAAUCCAGUGGAGUUGCGGAUGACUCCUAUACAACAUUCUUCAGUCACACCGGAUCUGGCAAACACGUACCCAGGGCUGUGUUUGUGGAUCUGGAGCCCACUGUGAUCGAUGAGAUACGUACUGGUACCUAUCGCCAGCUGUAUCACCCUGAGCAGCUCAUCACUGGGAAGGAAGAUGCUGCCAAUAACUAUGCCCGUGGGCACUACACCAUUGGCAAGGAGCUGAUUGACUCAGUUUUGGACAGAAUCCGUAAGCUGGCUGACCAAUGUACAGGUCUUCAGGGUUUCCUAGUGUUCCACAGCUUCGGUGGAGGCACUGGCUCUGGGUUCACAUCCCUGCUGAUGGAACGUCUCUCUGUCGACUUUGGCAAGAAAUCCAAGCUGGAGUUUUCCAUCUACCCAGCUCCUCAGGUCUCCACAGCUGUGGUGGAACCUUACAACUCUAUCCUGACGACACACACCACUCUCGAACACUCAGACUGCGCCUUCAUGGUGGACAAUGAAGCUAUCUAUGAUAUCUGCCGCAGAAACCUGGACAUUGAACGCCCAACCUACACCAAUUUGAACCGACUCAUUAGUCAGAUUGUGUCCUCCAUCACAGCCUCCCUUCGCUUUGAUGGGGCUUUGAAUGUUGACCUGACAGAGUUUCAGACCAAUUUAGUUCCCUAUCCACGUAUCCAUUUCCCGCUGGCUACCUACGCCCCUGUCAUCUCGGCUGAGAAAGCUUACCAUGAGCAGCUCUCUGUGGCUGAGAUCACCAAUGCCUGCUUUGAGCCAGCAAACCAGAUGGUCAAGUGUGACCCUCGCCACGGCAAGUACAUGGCUUGCUGCCUGCUCUACCGUGGUGAUGUGGUGCCAAAAGACGUCAAUGUUGCCAUUGGUGCCAUCAAAACCAAACGCAGCAUCCAGUUUGUGGACUGGUGCCCAACUGGCUUCAAGGUUGGCAUUAACUACCAGCCCCCUACUGCAGUACCUGGUGGGGACUUGGCCAAGGUGAAACGGGCUGUGUGUAUGCUGAGCAACACCACAGCCAUCGCUGAAGCCUGGGCUCGACUGGACCACAAGUUUGAUCUGAUGUACGCCAAGCGCGCCUUUGUGCAUUGGUACGUGGGUGAGGGGAUGGAGGAAGGGGAGUUCUCAGAGGCCCGUGAAGACAUGGCUGCCUUGGAGAAAGAUUAUGAAGAGGUUGGCAUUGACUCCUUUGAGGGGGAAGAAGAGGGGGAGGAGGAGUAUUAAACAGUUUAUUCUUAAAUCAUCUUUUUAGGAAGAGGCUCAGUUUUAUAACUUGUUUAACAAUGUGGUAUGACCAUUGAGAACUGGUGUAAUUACUGAAACAUUAUUAAGUAAAACAUAUUUUGAGCCUA